ACUGCUCCUGGCCUGAGAUUGAAAAAAUAUAGAAAGAAAUGCCUACAAAUAUGCAAGGCCUUCCAUUUACCCUCUCUCUACCAUUGCCAGUUUCACGUUCUUCAUUUCAUCUCUAACCUUCCAACAUUUCUUGACGUAGAAGGUACAGAAAGGGAGAUUUGCCGAUUGCCUGACCAUUUGGGCUGGAACCAGCAUCAUUCUCUUUUGCAUUUUCGGAUGCUUGCUGCUUCCACCUAAAUUUUGCUCUCAUUCGAAUGUGAUAAGCCAGAUAAUAUUUGAUAAAUCAGACAUUGAAGAGACAUUGGUCCUUGAUUUUCCAUGAAGGCAGUUCUUGUGCCCCUGGACAUUGUUAGUUCACACAUCAAUAUUAUCAUCUUCUGCUUCUGAAUCUUCAAUGGAGGACACCUUCCAAGUGGAUGCACUUGCAUCAACUGCAGGUGAUACUGUGACCCCAAAACUCAACGACAACAAUGGCACUGGACCUUUGGAGGAAGAAUCAGCACAAACAUUAUUAACUAUGGAACCUGGACACGGGAGCCAAAUUGAUAGAGAUUUUGAGGCCCUUUCUGAGACCACACGAGCUGAAGCCAAUCUGUACACUCCACACAAAAGCUUAAGCCGCUCAUCGUCAUCAUCGUCGUUGUCGUCCUCCUCCUCAUCAUCUUCAUCAUCUAAAUCUCAAUCCAAAGCCGAAGAGCUCUUUCAUUUGGGCCUCAGAACUGAACUUCCUGAUGACACUGGCCCUGUACUUUUGGUAGCUGAAUCAAACCAGAAGCUUUCAGUUUUGGAAUAUGAAACCGGGAAAAUAACAUAUGGUGAUUUGGGGGCACGUGCAAGUACAACAACUGAUGAAGCUGAUCACUCUAGGAACGAAAAUUUAGAAGUGUUAUCAUCAUCAUCCUUAUCAUCUGAGUCAAACCGGAAGAUUUCAGUUCUGGAAUCCGAAACCGGGAAACUAACAUAUGGUGAUUUGGGGGCACGUGCAAGUACAACAACUGGUGAAGCUGAUCACUUUAGGAACGAAAAUUUAGAAGUGUUAUCAUCAUCAUCCUUAUCAUCUGAGUCAAACCAGAAGAUUUCCGUUGUGGAAUCUGAAACUGGGAACGUAACAAAUGGUGAUUUGGGGGCACAUGCUAGUACAAGAACCAGCGAAGUUGAUCACUCUAGGAAUGAAAAGUUAGAACUCUUAUUACCAUCAUCCUUACCAUCUGAAACGCUGUCUGAAGACUCCUUGGAAAUUAGUGCAAAUGCAACCACUAACUCCCCUGCAGAUGGAAAAUGCUCUCCCAGCCUUGACAAGGACAAUAGAUUAGCUUCAGCUUCUAACAACGGGAAUAUUCCAGACAACCCUGAGGGCAAGCACGAACAAUCUAGUCAUGAGUUGGCAACGCUGACACCACCAUUGGUAGUUUCUAGCCAUAGUAAUGGACCAAGCACAACUGACGAGUCAGCAACACAAUUUCCUCCUGUGCAGGUGAUGGAGAGACCCGGUGCUUCUGCUUCCGUUACAUACAGGAUUCCAUCUCAUGUUUUUGCUAGAACUAAAUCUACAGCUCCGGAUUGGAGUGUCCAUUCCAAUGAAUCGUUGUUCAGUAUUCACAUGGGUAACAUGAGUUUCACCAAUGAACAACUCUUGUGGUUAAGUAAAUCUGGUGAGCUAGAAAAGCCUGGUGAAGCACCCAUAUCCGGUACGUUCAUUGACUUGUCAAGUAACCAGCCUCCAAUAAAUCAAUUAACCGACAUUGAACCCAAAAAAUCAAGUUUAAACGAGGGGUCUGGAAGAAAUGAAGCAACAGCCACAGAGACAAUGAAGGGCGAUACAAAGGAAAAUAAAGAAGAUGAGACUAAAGAAAGUCCAUCUCUUGCUAAGAAAGUGUCUCAUUUGUCUAGCCUUUCGACUCAUUCAGAUGGGAGUACACAAUCUUUCGCUUUUCCAGUAUUGAUAGGGGAAAGAGAAAAAAGUGAUUCUAUAAAGGUACCUGCCGAGAAGCAAAAGCAACCGUCAGAAUCACAGCCGCAAAGCUCCCCAGUAAUCUCGAUUAUGCCUUCACAUAAGAGAUGGCUAUCUUGUUUCUCCUGUUGUGCAUUCUGUUCUUUAGGACAUCGGGUCGUUUGAACUUUUUCCCUUGCACAAAAUCUUGUCAGUAAUGACUCUACCAAAGGUAUGUAUAUUUGGUCCAGAUAAACGCUAGAUUCAAUCACCAUAACAAGUCAUGGUAAAAUUGCAGUCCUAUGUAAUUUUUUGUAGCUUUACAAUUUAUUUCUCCUUGUUGGUUAGUUUACAUGUCUAAUUCUCCAUCAUAAAAGGGGAGUCAUAUACAAUCACUCAUUAGGGUCGUAUGUGAGGACAUUUUGUUUAGAGAAAUACUCUAGACAAUGGGAUUACAUAAAAGUAAUUCCAAAAAUUGACGUGGCUUAAUAUGAUUCAUUAGAUUAUAAAGCUACUUUUAUUGUAAA